AAGCUUUUUGAACGAAAUUCACAAUUUCCGCCAUGGAACUCCGUCAUAAAUCUGCAAGGUUUCUCGUCGGCCGCCGUACGUAUUCUCCUAUAAACUCCACUCUUCUCCGAUCAAACAGAAAUCUAUAUAAGAUAUGGAGACUGACCAAGAUCACUCUCUAAAAUUUGGAGGGUCUUCUGUUGAAGGUGAUGAUCUAAAGUACAUCUCUGGGCUUAGUACUAUUCUGGUUGCAACGAUCCAGGAAACUAAGGACAGGAUAUCCCAGAUUGAAUAUAUCUUCUGCAGCCAACUCUUUCCCAGUUUUCAAUCAAAGUCUAAAAGUUUGCAGAAAAUAUAUUCCGAGGCUAAGAAAUCUGCAGAGGAUACAUGGAAAGAAAAGGAAACCAGUCUCCUAUUCCAAAUAGAAAAACUUAAGAGGGAAAAUCAACAUAUCCUUGAAGAGAAUCUGUCUUUGAAACUUGAGAAAGAAGAGCCAUCAAGGGAGCAAGAAGAAAGGAUGGAUCUGCUGCGGUCUAAACUACUAGGUGAGCAACUCAAUGCUGAGGAGCUAUCACAACAACUUAAACAGAAAUCGAGAGAAAUUGAUGAGGGGAUCGAAUUACAGCAGAAAUUACUUGAAAUGGUUCGGUCAAAAACCUCUCUGAUAAUGAGUAAGGAACAAAAACUGAAAGAGUAUGAAGACCAAUCAAAUGCAUUGCGCACCAAAUUGACUAGCUUAGAGGUAAAGUUUGAUGGGCUCCAGAAGCAGCUUAAUGAGAAGACAGAUGAAGUAUCUAAGGUUAAAAAGUUGGAAGAGAACUUGUUCAAAAAGCUUGAAUUACAAGCUUCAGAAAUUAUUAACAUUGAACAGAUGAAUAAUGAUCAGCAGAAAGAGAAACAAAUGCUUGUGGUGAAGGUAGAAAAAUUGCAGGAGAAUGUCAACGGUCUAGAGAAGGAGCUUUUAAAGAAGACUGAAGAAAUUGAAGAAGGAAGGAAACUGCAAACCAAGUUGCUCCAGCAAAUUGAUUCAGCUGGCUCAGAAAUUUCAAAGAAUAAAGUGCAACUCGAGGAAUUUCAGAAAGAGAACAAACGACUCCUAGCCAAGUUGAAUGGUUCUCAAGAGAAACUUAAUGAGCUUCAGCCAAAUCCGAGGGUAAAGAACAAGGAAAUGGAAGGAAAUGAAUUAUAUGAAAGUUUACGCGAACAGAUUGAAUUGAAGUCCUUCGAGUUACAGGCUGAAAAGAAGGCAAGAAGAGGCGUUGUUGAUGCCUACAAAAGGCUGAAGUCACAAUAUAACUUCCUUUGCAAAAAAAUUGGCCUUACUAGCGAUAAUAUGCAGCCAAAGAACAGAAGAGAAAAUGAAACCGAUUCAAUGGCUUUUAAUCAAGAUCUUGCACUCUCACCAGUAGACCCUGAUGCGGAAACUGAAGAAUCUUCUAUGGCCAUUUCUGAUACAUCCCAAUUGAAGAAAGAGAUUAGCUUGCACCAUAAUGUAGAGGAUAAAAAGGGAGUCAAGUUAAAUCAGGCCUUGAACUCCCGUUCCCCUCCAAAGACUCCUAGUUUCCCAAGUGGCUCAAAACGUAGUCCCAAUGUAAAAUCUGCACCAAUGGCAUCUAAAAGACCGGCAUCUUAUUGGAGAGAUACAAGGGCUCAUUGUCAAGAGCAGGCGGGGCCUGACCCACAUGAUGAUUUUCUCGAUACUCCAUUCGAGAACAUCCGAGAGAAUUUAAACAAGCCUGUGAAGGACAGAGUUCAAGAUCUUCCUCUUCCUGAGGUGGUAGUAAAAGACAUCAAUAUGGAUAUCUCUGACGACGAGACACAAGAUCUGAAUGCUGUUAAUCCACCACAAAAUCAGCAGAUGCCGGUUUCGGUGACUGGCAAUAGAGGAGGGGGCUUUAAGUUUGUGGAGCCAGUGAGAAAGAAAGCUGACAGGCAAAAUUUAAAAGGAAUCGAAUGCAAGCAAUGCAAGAAAUUUUAUGAUGCUGUUCUUGCAAAUGAUGGCAAUGAAGAAGCCAAUGGUGAUAAACCGUGUUUACGGUGUGAGCAUCAUGAUGGGGUUUCAAGGCAUCGGUAUAGGUAUGUUCCUCCCAUGACUCCUGAAGGAUUUUGGAACAUUGGAUUUGAAUCUGAAAUGUAAUAUGUUAGUGUAGGAUAACAGAAAUUUAUUUGAGAAAUUUAUUUGAUUAAACCCGUUGUUUGAUAAUUAGGGACAGUGUAGGUGAUGUACAGUAUAUUUCAGGAAGAAAACUAUGAAAAAAUUAAUGCAUUGGGUAAAUAUAAAUGAAAGUUU